AUGCGUGCUCUCUGGUGGACAGCAUCAUUAUUGACCUCGGCAGUUGCUGCAGGACAGGAUGGUGAAGCAUACUCUCCUCCAUCCUAUCCCUCUCCAUGGGGCGAGGGAAAAGGAGACUGGGCAGAUGCAUACGAAAAAGCCAGAGAUUUUGUAAGCAAGCUGACUCUUGCGGAAAAGGUCAAUUUGACUACUGGAACCGGGUGGAUGGAAGGCGCAUGUGUCGGGGAAACAGGCUCCAUUCCACGUCUCGGGUUUCGCGGACUGUGUCUGCAAGAUGGUCCGUUAGGCGUGAGAUUUACCGGCGUCAAUGUCGCCGCAACCUGGGACCGAUCACUUGCCCAUCUCCGCGGGCAGGCAAUGGGCAAAGAAUUUGGUGCCAAAGGCGCCGAUAUCCAACUUGGCCCCGUAGCUGGCCCCUUGGGUCGAACGCCAGAGGGCGGCCGGAACUGGGAAGGAUUCAGCCCUGAUCCCAUGCUCACCGGUGUGCUCAUGGCCGAAACGAUCAAGGGAAUACAGGAUGCGGGUGUGAUUGCGUGCGCGAAGCAUUACAUUCUCAACGAACAAGAGCAUUUUCGACUGGUGGGCGAAGCGAAGGGUUACGGCUAUAAUAUUUCUGCUAGUGCAAGCAGUAACAUUGACGACAAGACGUUGCACGAGUUGUACUUAUGGCCGUUCGCCGAUGCUGUGCGCGCCGGAGUGGGCUCUGUCAUGUGUUCGUACAAUCAAGUCAACAACAGCUAUGCAUGCGCGAAUAGCUACACGUUGAACAACCUGCUGAAGGGGGAACUCGAUUUCCAGGGAUUCGUGAUGAGCGAUUGGGGAGCCCACACUUCUGGAGUGAGCAGUACCUUGGCUGGAUUGGACAUGUCCAUGCCCGGUGACACUGCGUUCGAUACAGGUGAUUCCUACUGGGGAACGAAUCUGACCAUCUCCGUGGUGAACGGAACAGUUCCUAGCUACCGCCUCGACGACAUGGCCAUUCGCAUCAUGGCCGCCUUCUACAAGGUAGGCCGUGAUCGUCAUCAGGUACCUGUGAACUUCAACUCAUGGACUCGCGAUACAUAUGGUCCCAUACAUGCAGUUGUUGGACCCGAGUACGGUGUUGGCCGUGUCAACGAGCGUGUUGAUGUACGCGGCAAUCAUGCUGCACUGAUCCGUGGCAUUGGAGCCGCCAGCACCGUUCUCCUAAAGAACGCAGCAGGUGUGCUUCCUCUCACCGGAUUGGAGAAUUUCACCGCAAUCUUUGGAUCAGACGCCCGUGCGGAUCCCCUCGGUGCAAAUGGCUGUGGUGAUCAUGGCUGUGACAAUGGCACUCUCGCCAGCGGCUGGGGAAGUGGUACGAGCAGUUUCCCAUACCUCGUGACUCCCGAAGAGGCUAUCAAAGAGGAGAUUCUGUCCAAAGGCGCUGGUAUCGUCGACUCCGUCACGGAUGACUGGGCUUACGACAAAAUCCAAGCCCUGGCCUCUCAAGCCGACGUGUCUCUUGUUUUCGUCAACUCCGACUCCGGCGAGAAUUUCAUCUCAGUUGACGGCAACGAAGGAGACCGUAACAACUUGACCCUCUGGAAAGACGGCGACGAGCUUAUCCGCAACGUCGCUGCGGAAAACAACAACACCAUUGUGGUUAUCCAUAGCGGUGGCCCCGUCCUGGUUGGCGAUUGGUACGAGAACCCCAAUGUCACCGCAAUACUCUGGGCAGGCAUGCCCGGCCAAGAGACUGGCAAUUCCAUCGCAGAUAUCCUGUACGGCCGCGUCAACCCCGGUGGCAAAACCCCAUUUACAUGGGGGAAAAGUCGCACUGAUUACAGCACCGACGUUCUAUACACCCCUAACAAUGGCAUCCAUGCGCCGCAAAUCGACUUCACGGAAGGCAUAUUCAUCGACUACCGUGGCUUUGACAAAGUGAAUAUAACCCCAGUGUACGAAUUCGGGUUCGGACUCAGCUAUACAACCUUCGAGUACUCAGACUUGCAUGUUGAGAGUGUUCACGCAGACCCAUACAAGCCAACGACAGGAUUUACUAGUCCUGCGCCGGCAACAGCUGGGAAUUACAGCAAGAACUGGUCGGAUUAUCUCUUCCCCACGGGUAUCCUGCGAAUCCCACUGUUCCUCUACCCAUGGCUGAACACCACCGAUCCAGCGCGUGCAUCAGCUGAUCCUGAUUAUGGGAUGGCGGCAGACAAAUAUCUGCCCCCGAAUGCUACCUCCGGUGCUGCGCAGCCCUUGCACCCGGCAGGGGGGGCACCGGGAGGAAACCCAGGUCUCUAUGACGAGGUAGCCAUUGUCACGGCGAAUAUCACUAAUACCGGGUCUGUGUCGGGCGACGAGGUGCCUCAGCUCUACGUAUCCCUUGGUGGCCCCGAUGAUCCGAAAGUUGUCCUACGUGGCUUCGAUCGUAUCUCGUUCUACCCCCAAGAAACGAAGCAGUUCAAAGUGGCGCUGACCAGGAGGGAUGUCUCAAACUGGGACGUGGUGUCUCAGAAUUGGGUUGUAACAAAUUAUACAAAAACUGUAUAUGUUGGGAGCUCUUCGCGUGAUUUGCAGCUGAAGGCGCCUCUCAAAUUAGUGCUAUAG